AUGGAGGUCAAUGGUGAUAAUUUUGCGAGAGAAUUUAGUAGUUUACAAAAUGAGAUUGAAAAUGCAGCUUAUAUUGCUAUCGAUUGUGAAUUUUCAGGAUUAUUAGGCAAAAUCAAAGAUAAUCAAAACUCAACGAUGAACGAAAAUUACAUAUCCUUCAUAGGUCAGUUUGAGGGUCUUCGAGAAAGUGCUUUGAAAUAUUCAAUUCUCCAGAUUGGAUUAACCUUCAUUUCUUUUACCAAGGAUGGAUUAGCUUCAUGUACUCCGUACACAUUUAAUCUCACUCCUUUGACAGAUACUAAUCUAUUUUUUCGAAGAGAUUAUUGUAUAGAAACAUCAACUUUGGCUUUUCUUCUGCGACAUGGAUUUGAUUUUCAAAAGCAGCUUGACAAGGGUGUACCUUACUUAUCAAGAACAGAAGAAUCAUAUCUCUACAAAUUAACAAAACAUAAAUUUAAACCAGAAAAGGAAUUUAUAUCUCUUGAUGCUACCGCACAAUCAUUGGUGAGAGAAACCAAAGCUCAAAUUGAAAAAUGGCGUUCUGAAUUAGGCAAGGAAGGAGCAUGCAAUUAUUUAAAUGUGGAUACAUCAAACCGUUAUUAUCAAAAAGCGGUUCAUAACUUAGUGGAAUCUCAAUACAAUGAUCUCCAAAGCGUAUCAAAGAAUAGCUUCGUUCAAAUUCGUGUGUCUGAGUCUCACAAUUCACGCACUUCAGAACGUCAGAAUCCCGGAGCGGAUUCCAUAGACUCCAGAAAAAGGACUUUUUAUGAAAAAAGUGUUCAGUUACUUGAUGAGGCUGUCGGGUUUCGCAAACUUUGGGAUUACUUGCUUUCAAAGAGAAAGAGGAUAGUAUGUCACAAUGGUUUAGCUGAUCUAAUGUACUUAUUUUCGGUAUUCGAAGGAACUCUUCCAGAGACCUAUAAUGAUUUUAAAAGUCUGCUUCAUACUUCGUUUAGUUCUGUACACGACACCAAAGUACUUUACUCAAAAUCCCCAGAUCUCCAGCAUGUCAUAGACAAUGGCUCUUCCAACUUGCAGGCUUUAGUUGAGAAGGUCUUAGUCCUUAGUACAGAAAGUAGCCGACUUUGCUCUCGCUUGUCUUCACUUGAUCGAGGACCAUAUAGCAUAAUGAUGAUUACAAAAAAUUCGCAUGAAGCAGGAAAAGAUGCAUAUGAUACUGCCAUAGCAUUUCUCUACUAUCUUAAUUACACCCCCCACUCAGAUAUUGAGGAAUUAACGAAUAUUUUAUUCCUUAAAGGACAAUACUUACUUUGA